AUGUGCCUUGUGUCACGGAGGGGCUGUGGAUAUCAGGCUGAAAGGAGAACAGAACAAACAGGAGGAGACUCACUCAUGGCCUAUGAGACAGAGGAACAGGAGACUCAAUACUGCUUUCCUGACAUCAACUCAUCAUGUGUCAAGGAGAGACGCUCCAGUCAUGGAUAUAUCAUCAUAUAUGUGUUUGUGUCAUUGCUGUCAGCAUGGACUGUGUUUCUGAACCUGCUGGUGAUCAUCUCCAUCUCUCACUUCAAGAAGCUUCACACUCCAACCAACAUGAUUAUUCUCUCUCUGGCUGUAACUGAUCUGCUUAUUGGACUCAUCAUGCCUGUAGAGGCCAUCAGACUGAUUGAGACAUGUUGGUACUUUGGAGACACUUUCUGUGAACUUUAUUUAUUAUUUGUUGAUUUACUUAUCUCAACAUCUCUUAGUAAUUUAGUUUUAAUCGCUGUUGAUCGUUAUGUGGCUGUGUGUCACCCUUUACUGUACCCACAGAAAAUAACCAUCACUAAAACACUUAUGAGUAUCUGUCUGGGCUGGGCUUGUUCAUCAGCUUAUAUUAUUGCCAUUGCGAUAAAUAAUAGAUAUUUUGACACUUCACACAGAACAGAUGUGUGUUACGGAGAGUGUUUAGCCAUUAUAAGUUUUAAUUGGACAGUCACUGAUCUGUUCAUGUCUUUUAUUUUUCCUUGUUUUGUAAUUAUAAUGUUAUAUUUGAGGAUUUUCUAUGUCGUUCAUCAGCAAGUGAAGGUUAUAAACUCUCUGAUAAAGGGUGGUAAAUGUGUAACGGAGGGUUCAGUGAAGAGGAAAUCUGAGAGUAAAGCUGCUCUGACUUUAGGAAUCAUUGUGACUGUUUAUCUGCUUUGCUGGAUUCCGUACUAUAUCUGCUCUCUUACUGUAAUGACUUCCACAGCCCUAAAUGCUUUAUUAUGGGUUGUUUAUGCUAACUCAGGUCUGAAUCCUUUGGUUUAUGCUUUAUUUUACCCCUGGUUUAAAAAGACAGCUCAACUCACUUUAACUUUGAAAAUAUUUCAGACAGCAUCCUCUCUGAUCAAUAUUUUUACACAAUAUUAAUUGUAAUUACUUGCCAAGCUGUUUCUAAUAUAGAUGUAAUAAUAUUUGAUUUAUCUUUGUAAUUUUCACUACUCGUGUCAUUUCACACAGAGCUUAUUUCAACCUGUAAGUUUGAUGUUUAAGUAACUUCUGUUGUACUGCGGUGAAAACAAGAUAAACAUGUGACAUAAAUAUCUAAUAAUAACUAUGUGAAUUUGA